CUGAGGAAGAGGGCGGCCACCGUUGGCUGAGUAAGGGAGCCCUAGCCAGGGCUUGCUUUCCUUCCUUGCCCUCAGGAGAGGAGGAAGGCGCCAUUUUCCUCCCUCUGAGGCGUUUCUGGGAGAGCCCCAGGAGGCAAAAGGACAUGUCCUCCAUUUCAGCCUUCUGUCCCUGAGGGAUUCCAGAAUGUCCUCCAUUCUGGGCAUGGGAGAAGUUGCAAAUGUCUUCAAGGAAUGUAUCAUCAGAGCGCAGACCAGGGCAACAUGUUCGAUCUGUCCAUUAUGAUGAAGUAUAUGUGGAUUCCCCUUCGCAAGAGGAUUCAGAAAGGGAUUUUCCAGAUGCUGAACAUAUAUUGAAUGCAGAUCCCCCGCUGCCACCACCUCUUCCUCUGCAGCCCCCCUUUGGGCCUGAAUUUUAUCCAAGUGAGAGUGAAGAACCAGCAGAAAGUUCUGAUCUCAAGCCUGUGAGAAAAUUCAUUCCAGACUCAUGGAAAAACUUCUUCAAAGGGAAAAAAGAAGAUCCUGAAUGGAGUAAGCCAGUAGCUGCAAUUUCUGGUGGAGUUCAGUGUUCUCCCCCAUCUUCUCCAACACUUACUACAGUGAGAACAGCCCAAACUUCAGCUCCAAGCUCUUACCAGGAUCCAUAUGGCGGGUCAGGGGGAACAUAUAAUUCACGCAAAGAAGCUGAAGCCAUGCUUCCUUCAGAUCCCUACAGCUCUCUAGAAAGGCAUACUCAAACAGUACAGACUUACAGUGAGAAAGUAGAAGCUUUUAAUCUGAGAUACUCUUACAUGAAGUCUUGGGCAGGGUUGCUCAGGAUCUUGGGUGUUGUUGAAUUACUGUUGGGAGCAGCUGUAUUUGCCUGUGUAACGGCUUACAUUCACAAGGACAAUGAGUGGUACAACAUGUAUGGCUACUCACAACCAUAUGGCUAUGGAGCAAGCAGCACCUAUGGAGGCUAUUACUACAGUGGACCUAAAACCCCCUUUGUACUUGUUGUAGCUGCACUGGUUUGGAUAGUGACUAUCAUACUUCUUGUACUUGGCAUGUCAAUGUAUUAUAGGACUAUUCUUUUAGAUUCCAACUGGUGGCCUUUAACUGAAUUUGGAAUCAAUGUUGCUUUGUUUAUUUUGUAUAUGUCAGCUGCUAUAGUAUACGUAAAUGAUACUAACAAAGGAGGGCUUUGCUAUUACCAGUUAUUUAACACGCCGAUGAAUGCAUCAUUUUGCCGUAUAGAAGGGGGACAGACUGCCGCAAUUAUCUUCUUAUUUGUAACGAUGAUUAUUUAUCUUAUUGGUGCAAUAGUUUGUCUAAAAUUAUGGAGACAUGAAAGUGCACGGAGGCACAGAGAAUUUAUGGAACAACAAGUAAGUUGUGGCAAGAAAACUGUUUCUUUUCUGCUCUUCAUUUUCUGGUCCAGUUUAGACAUACAAAACAAGGUUGUUUCUUUUCUGCUCUUCAUUUUCUGGUCCACUUCAGACAUACAUGUUCAAUACCUUACAAAGUGAUUAUACAUCAGUGACUGAUGAAUCACUGCGACUGUCGUUGCUUUUUACUACAGUAUUUACUUUGUCUCCUUAGUUAGUUUCCUAAGAGGCAAAAUGUGAAGACUUACAACAUUUGAAAAUACUAGCCAUUCUUCACUGGAGAUGUUUAAUGUUUGUAGUGGCAGUCAUUUUAAAUGGUUUUAAAUUACUAGGAUGAAUUUGCUCUUUGUUUGAUAGCAUUAUAGUAAGAUUCAGGGUUUUUUUGCCUAUCAUCUCAAUGUCCAAAGCAACCAGAAAAGCAAAAAAUGGUUUGGUCAGAUACUCCUAUAACAACAUCUUGUGUAUAGUAAAUUGGAGAAACCCGUCCAGUCUUAGCUGCAAUUCCAUUAUAAAAGGUUACUGUUAUAUAUCACAGUUAUGUGGUUGUGUUCAGUGGUGUAGGCUUCUCUGAAAAAAUCUGAAUUGGGAUUUUUGUUCUGGAUAAAAGUAGAGUAUGAUCUAAAUUACCAUGUCUGUUUGACUUAUAAAACUUUUAAAUGUCCCAAAUGGCUAACAGUAUUCGACCUAAUAUAAUUUAUUUUGGAAAAUAUAAUCAAUUUAAUGUGCUUUUAAUAUUAUAUUUAGAGAACAUAAUAUUUUGCUUUAGAAAAAUUGAGAGCUUUAUGUAGAAAUUAUUUUAAAUAAAAUAUCUGUCAUUAUAUAUUUAUCCCAUGGAUUCCUCUUACAAUAUAUUUUUUUAAAUUUAAGAAGAAAAGGCACUGAAAAAAAUCAAUACACAGAUUAAAACACAUCUACAAACGGAUUCUGUGAUUGUCAACUCUUCUCCUUACAGCAUGUCCUAACUCUCUUACACUUGAGUUCCUUAAAACAUUUCCACUUUUUCUGUUUGUCUGAAGAAUUAUUUGCACUGCUUGCGUACAUUUCAAGAAAUCUGAUUCAGAACUACUUGGUCUGCAUUCUCUUUUGCUGAAGGGAUUUUUUUCCUUUGGACAAGAGAGGUGUAUCCCAAAUGUCAUCAUUUAUUGUGCCUGCCAACAAAUUUUAUGAAUCAAUUUUUUAAAAAUAUAUGUCUUCCAAAAUAUUAAGUACUAGAGAAUUCUGGAAGACUUUCAAACCUAUACCACAUACUAUGCCUCUUGUGCCUGUUAUGUCUUAAAGUUUAAUCUUGGACUACCUUUUGGCAGCAUUAUUACUCAGCAGUAGUAACUUGCUAGUGGAGAAGCACUGACAUGUAUUGUUGCAGCAGCAAAGCAUUUUGAUCAGUUUGAGAUGUCAGAAGCUAUGUCACUACACUGAUCAGAAGUAAUCUGAAGUAUUUCUAAAAUAAUAUAGAUACAUACGCAGUAAUGUGAUGAUGGGACAAUAAAUGUCUAGUUUUGCUGAACUAGAUUGUGCGUAACAACCAAAAUGUUUCUUUUACAAAAUAAAUACUUCAGGAUUUUGAAGGCUACUGUACUUAGUUAUGCACCUUCACACCCAAUUCCAUGCUUGUGGUUGCAAAAUUCCACACACAGAGCCAUGAUUUAUCCUGCUAUCAUUUAUAAAUGCUAAUAAUUCAUUGUUAUUAAUUUAUACAAUAUUGCUUUUUAGUCUUUGUAGUCUAGACUUGUAUACUUCAUGUUGUGUUUUU